AUGUCUGGUGACAUGCCGCCUGAGUUGCUGGAGAACAAUGCCGAACAUGCUUAUUUCAUGAAGCAGGCGUUAAUGAUGGGAGAAAAAGCCCUUGCAACUGGUGAAACCCCGGUUGGCUGUGUUCUGGUGUAUGACAACAAGAUUGUUGGUUUUGGAAUGAAUGAUACAAACAAAUCUAUGAAUGGUACAAGACAUGCCGAGUUCAUUGCCAUCGGAGAAAUGCUCCAAACUUAUCCUAGGUCAGCACUGCGUUCAACAGACCUCUAUGUAACUGUUGAACCGUGUGUCAUGUGUGCAUCUGCUUUGAGACAAUAUCAGAUACGAAAAGUAUACUUCGGUUGUGGAAAUGACAGGUUCGGGGGAACCGGUAGCAUUCUAUCACUACAUGCCGAUCGCUCGAUAGAUCCACCAUACCCUGUGCAAGGCGGGUUGUUCCAUAAGGAAGCUAUCAUGUUACUUCGGCGCUUCUACAUACAAGAAAAUGAGAAGGCGCCCAAGCCCCGCCCUAAAAAGCACCGUGAAUUGAAAACGGAUUUCGACCAGGAAGUCCUCAUUGCGUCCCCGAUACCUUGA